GCAGACACACCUUAUUAGACACUCCUUCUAAAGGCAAGUUAGGCAACCAUAACUCACAUUCUUCAUCAAAGCAAGACAGAUACAUUUUAAGGCGAGAGAGAGACAGAGGGAGAGAGAAUAGGGUUACAAUAUUGAGUCAUGGAAGUAUGGACUUCAAACAGUUAAUGAAACAAGCUUCACUUAACCAAUCUCUAACAUUAAAGAAACUUGAAAAAGUAAAAGAGAAAGAAAGAGAGAAAGAGAUCAUCCAAAAGACCAAAGAAGAACACAAGAAGAAAUUGGCCAACGAGAAAUUAAAAGAAUAUGAAACGAAGCUCGUUAAAUCAAGAUUAGCUUACAAAGGACUCUUAUCAAGUAAAGGUGAGCCACUCACACAGAAGGCACAGGAACAGCUGGAAAGGGCAUUAAAGAGUCAUGCUCCCACUAAAAAACCUAAUAUCACUACCAGUUCUUCAAAACCACACUCGUCCUCUCUUUCAAAACCACACCCAUCAUCAACCUCCGCGUCACGAUUAUUAACUCCCACCAGUUCCUCCAAGAGUACUUCUUCUAGCAGUAAAUCAAAAUCAACGUCUCCCCGCCCACUCUCAGCUAAACCUGCUGGCACUGAUAAAACUAUUAAAUCUAAAUUUAGUAAAAGUGAGUCUCAUAAGAGUCAGACCCCACCACCUCGUAUUAAAGAAGCACCAGCUGGAAAGAAAGGAGGAGGAGGAAGUGGUGGACCAGUUGAUUUUAAAGAGUUGCUUAAACUGGCUCAGAAGAACAACAGAUCAAGUACUGGAGUUGGCUCUUCUUUGUUGUCUGAUGAAACAGGGAAACAGCAAUCAGUAGGACCGGGAGCAGGAAUCGGUAAAGCAUUAUUGGACAAGCAAAGACGAGAUAAGAAGAAAGAAGAGGACAGGAGAAUACCACCAACAAAGAGUAUGAAAUCAGCUCCAGUUGUAAGCAAGCCUGGCCCAGCUAGCAGCAGUAAGGAAUCUGGUACUACAAAUGGAAAGAUAACAACAACAAAACCAGUAGAAAGAGUAUAUCCUUAUGAAUUACCCUAUGGUGGGAGAAGAAGACUGCCAGAAGGUGUAGGAGGUAGUGUGGGAGGGGAAGGAGGAAGUAGAGGGCAAGAAGCAGCUGCUGGUGGAAUUAAAACUAGCAGAGGCCAGAUGAAUACUAGAGGAAGAGGGAGAGGGGGUCCACCAAUGUCUAGAGGAGGUCCACCAGUGUCUAGAGGAGGUCCACCAGUGUCUAGAGGAGGUUCCAGUCUCAGGGGAUCCCGUCCAAAGUCAUUUUAUGGGCCAAAAGGUGUACCAUCUAGCGCCCGCCUCAUCAAAGAUGGGUCUGGUGGUCGCUCUGGCUCAUCAUUGAACUACAAGAGUAGUUGGGUUGAUGAGAUGAGAGAUUACAUACAUAGCAAUCAAUUUGAGUUAGACGAAUACGAUGAUGACGAUGACGACUUGGACGAUUUUGUUGUUGACAGUUACGAGGACGAGGGAGAAGAGGAGGGAGCAGAGGACUACUCGUCCGCCAUUCAAGAGAUAUUUGGUAGCAAGUAUAGGACAAGGACUGCUGAGGAAGAUGAUGACACGUUGAUGGAGUCAAGCUAUGCACAGCAACAAUUUGAAGAGUACAGGAGUGCACGUAUUGGUCAAAUGGAAGAUGCAGAAGACAUUAGAAGAGAACAAGAAAUGCUGCGCAGGAAACGUACCAAAACAUCUGCUUCGACUAGUGGAACAAAAAAGAUUAAAAAACACUAAUAAAAAAGAACUGUUGUAUGAUAUCAUUUUCAAUCAUGACAUUAAUUAAUUUUAUUAUAUUAAUAUUGUCCUCUACUAUUUAAUAAUGAUUAUUGGAUAUUCUAUAUCUUUUAGUA